AUGGAAAUGGCGAAAACCCCAACUAGCGAAUCGAAUUUCAAACGCUACGCUACGAAGAAAGAGCUUCAGGAUUUGUGUAGGGAGCAUGAUCUGUCUCCUUAUAAGACUAAAGCUGAUUUGCUCAAAUCUUUGCGCCCCAAUUACAAGAAGAUCAACUUGAAUUUAUUUUCGGAAGUGGAAAGUUCGAAUGGGUGCUCUAAAUCUCUGCUAACAGAACUGCUUUCUGGAGCGCAGUUGAGUGAGGCAACCAAAGUCAAUAAAGGUGUAGAAGGCCGCAAAGGAAAAUUUACUUCAUCUUUUGUACACGGUCAUCGGAUUUAUAGUCAUUCGAGAGAGAAGGAUGACCAGGAAAUUCACUCUCAAAUUGUUAAAACCAAUGAAGUAGGAAAUCUCAAGGAGGCAGGAGUUCAUGAUAAGGUUUCUGAAUUCAAAAAUGUUGAAAAAGUCGGGUGCUCAACGUCCAACAUCCAAAAACAUUCCAACAGCAAGAAACAGGAAAAUACCUGCUCACAAAACCUUACUCAGUGUGAUGUAUAUAAUUUGAGACCUCGGAAGUCCCAUCAAAUCAGUGCUGGCAUGAACAAUUUUUUUCCUGCGGAAAAAGACUCCGUUGGCAGUAUAGCUGGAUCUCAACAUAUAGAUAGUACAUCUACAAUGGAUGGUGCCAUUCCUCUUGAAUCUUCUACUUCAGUUUCCUCCUUGGAGUUUUGUGUCAGAUCAGAAGAAGGAAUAAACCUUUUCGUCGAUUUGAGUUCGAGCCUGCCCGAUUGGUCUAAGAGAUUGGAAAAUGAAGUGCGCAUUUUUCAGGAUUUGCAAAUGGAUAAAUUUCAGAGGUUUCGUCAAGAACUGAUGGGUUCAUUUAUGGGUAAUGUGGAUGCAGGGUUUAGAAUUAGUAGUUACUGUGCACAUACCGACCCUUCCCUGGAUUCAUUCGCUAGAAAAAAUAGCAAGUCGAGAAUUGAACAUCCAGAUGCAGAUGAUGGGCUUUCAAGUAAUAUGAUGACAAAACCAUGCGUUGUCUCUGUAGAAAUGUCUAUGCACUUGCAAGAUAAAAAUAAAGUUCUACGCCUUCCCAGACUUAAUGCCUAUAUCCAGAAUGUGCCACUUCCUGGUAUAAAAUCUUGUACAGGAAAUGGGGAAACAGAAACCAAGGAGUUAAAUGUGUUUCACACUUCUCCAAUAAAACUCCGUGGAAAUUGUGUUAGUAUGGUUUCAAAUGGACUGGUAAGCACACCAGAGAAUCAUAAUACGAAGCUUGGUCGUGUGAAGUGUCAUGAAGAUCUGAAGAAGAGUUACAGACCAGAUAACUGCACAGUGCCAAGUUCUAUUUCGACAGCAAGUGGUGCUGUUGAGAUGCAGUUGUCUGGCAUUGCAAUGCUUAGACAAAAUGCGUCAUAUUCUACUGUGGUAAAUGAUGAUUCAUUAGGCUUCGUUGCAGUAGAUGUAGCAGAAACAGGAAACAUUGGUUUGGCUAACGCCAUUGAAGUCCAUCACAAUGCUUCUUUGGAUUAUGUACCCACAACUGCUGAUGAAUCAAAAGGGGGCGGGCCUGAUGGGUCAAAAGCUUCUCAGAUAUCAAAGAAAAGAUUGGAAGACUGUGUAUCUGGCAGAGACUUGGUCAGAAUGUUUUCCCUAGAAGAUCAAUGCGACUGGUUUCCAAGUGAGUUCAUGCGAUGCAUAGUCAUUUUCAAAGUUUCUGGUGCUUGUGCCAUGAAAAAUUUCUCAUGUUGCAGUCCAGAUUGUCUCAAGUAUAUUUCAUGGCUUCACAGAGGUUUUACAUUCCUUUUGGAUGCUGCAUUCAGGGAUUUUAUUAAUUCACAAGAUUAUAACUAA